AUGAAUGAUCAAAAUGAUUAUUUGAAAGACAUUCACGCAAAUUUAAAAAGUAUCAAAUGUAUUUAGGGAUCAAACAUCUUCUAUAAAUAUUAGAUAAAAGAAUUGUUAGGUAACGGGUAAAAUAGAGUAUACCUUGGAUAUGAUAAUUUUGGGAGAUAAGUGGCUAUAAAAGAAGUAACAUAAAAUUUAAUAGUUAGCAUCAUGAUACAAAUGCAAUGAGAAAAGAAGUUUAAUUAUUGGAAUAACUUAAUCAUCCAAAUAUAAUCUAAUAUUUAGAUUCAUGCAUUUUAUUACAUUCAAACAAUUAAUAUCAUAAAGAGUAGAAUGGAUAUAUAUGUAUGGAACUAGGUAAGCUUGAUUUAGAUACUUAUAAAAAAAAAAAGUAUCCUAUAGGCAAAGAAUUAAUAGAUUAGACAUUAAGUGCAUUAGCUUAUUUAUAGAGGAACAAAAUUGCUCAUUGUGAUAUUAAACCAGCAAAUAUUUUAGUUAUGUAAACAGAACCUAUAGUAUAUAAAAUAUGUGAUGUUGCAUCUAGCAAAAGUCAAGGAUCUGAGUUUCUUUAGGCAGGGGUAAUAUGUUAUAUAAUUUAGACUUAUAAAUAUAUGUCUCCUGAAAUGUUAAAUAACAAUGCCAAAAAUUAUAUUUUGUCUGACGUUUUUUCUUUAGGAUUAUUAUUUUUAUAUGUAUUUAGAGAUUUUAGUAUGCCUUGGAUCGAAAGAAAGAAUCUCACUGAUUUAGAAUUUAUUGAAUAAUUAAGAGAUAAAAUAGAUGAGAAUGAUGAUGAUAUUUAAAGACUUUUAAAUUAUAUGAUUUAAUUGAAUCCUUUAGAUCGUUUAGAUUUUAUUUAACUCGAAGAAUUUUGGCAUCAAUAAAAAAAAAAAGAGGAAAAAUAAGAAUUUAAUUAUACUUAGAUUAGACAAUUCAGAGCAUAAUCUAAUUUCUUUUCUAUUUAAGAGGAUUAAUAUUAUGCAACAGGAAAGUUUAUUAAACAAUCCUAAAAUUCAAAGCUUAAAAGUUCAAGAAAAUAAUUACUUUAACCAUUUUAAAGUAUUUCACCAUAAAAAAAAAGUUUAUUAUUGUAAAAGUCAAGUAACACCACUUUGAAAUCAAAAAAAUUUUAAUAAUAAAUUUUACCUCUUGAUAAUUACUUUUAAAAGCUUCCAAAAUCUCCUGAAAAAUCUAAAAUGACUAGUCCUACAAAGACAAUUUUUAUGGGUAAAAUUUAAUUACCAUAAUUAAAAGAAGAAAGAACUAAUUCUUUUAAAAUAAGACCUAUACAAUUUUGA